AUGAAAAGAGAACGAGAUGAACUCCUCCAAGAAUAUCAAAAGGAAAAAACAGAUUUCUAAGCAUUCGAUGCACAAAUUCGUAAGAUGCAAAUGGAGCUCGAUUUAAGAGUGGCCAUCUUGAAAGACAAAGAAUCUAAAUUAGCUAAUUACAAAAAAAUGAUAGAAGAGACAGACCUCACAUAUCAUCGAGUAAAUUUAUUAACUGUAAAAAUUGAAUAGAUUGUUGAAACAUCCAACAGAUUAGCAGCCAAUCUAGAGAAAGAGACUCAGUUUAUUAAAGAUAGAUUCAAAAUUAAAUAAGAAAUUUGA